AUGGUAUCCAGAAAGGGCACCCAGGAUCUUCUAUCCAGGUGGGUCAUCCUGGUGGAGCUGGGCUACCUGGGGACGGCUCCUGGACCUUCUACCCGGGUGGAUCCCACAGUGAAGCUGGGACACCCGGGCAGGACACCUGGACCAUCAUCCCAGGUGGGUUGUCCCAGUGGAGCCAGGGUGCCUGGGGAGGAUGCCCAGGACCUUCUAUGCAGGUGGGACCACAGUAAAACUGGGGUCCCCGGAGAGGACAGCUGGACCCUCUACCCAGCCAUCCCAGUCCGUGCGGGGCUGGGUGAUGGCCGUGGCUACGUGACGGUGCUGGGCAAGGAUGUGGCCCCCGAGCAGCUGGUGGUGCACCCGGCUGGCAGGUCCCUCUAUUGGGUGAACCGUGGCCAGAGGGGCCGGACGGUCAUCGCCACGGCUGGCAUGGACGGCUCGGACCGGCGGGAGCUCAUGGUGGUGUCCAUGGAGGAGCCGGUGGGCCUGACCUUGGACCAGGCCGCCGGCAGGCUCUACUGGAUCAGCGAGUACAAGGAGCCGCUGGGCCUGCCCGCCUUCGAGAGCCGCUUCUUCUGGGCCGACGGCAGCGCCGAGCUCGUGUCGGCACCCCAGGCUGCCCCCCGCGAUCAGGCCGUGCUGCUCCGCGCACCUGUCUCCGCCUUCACGGUGCUGCACGCGCUGCAGCAGCCUCCUCGUGAGUACCACGCGCUCCCACGGGACCCCAGCGCUGUGGAGGUGCUGGGGGACACGGCCGCGUGCGCGCCGGGGCUGUGCAGCCACCUCUGCCUCCUGUCGCCUGUGCACCCGCAGGGCUACCAGUGUGCCUGUCCCGAGGGGCUCUACCUCCUGCCCUCGGGGAUGUGCGCGGCGCUGUCUAUCAUGUACGCGGAGCAGAAGAGCAUCUCCCUGGUGCAGGUGGGCCCCGGGGCCCACAGCCGGCUGGUGCAGAGGUGGCCGGAGGCCCUGCACCUGCAGGACGUGGACUGGCAGAGGUCGGUGCUCUACGGGACGGAUGACAGCGGGAUGCUGCUGCGCAUCGUGGGGCACCCGGGCAGGAGAGAGGCCAUCCCGACUACACUGCCAGUUUGCUCUGCCCGCGUGGACAUCCGCUCGGGGGACCUCUACUGGCUGGCGUGUAACCGGAGGGACAUCGGCGUGUGCCGGGCGCCCGGCAUGGCCCCGCGCGUGCUGCUCCGUGCCCGCGGCAGCGUCCAGCACCUCUUCGUGGACGGGCAGCGUGGCGCUCUGUACUGGCUGGCACCGGGACAGCCCCUGCAGCAGCUCAGCCUGGCCGGCGGCGCACCGCAGGCUGCCUACAACGAGAGCUGGCCCGGGGGGCUGCCUGCUGCCAUGGACAGCAGGGCCUUCACCUUGCUCUGGAGCUCGUCCUCAGGCCUGCAGGCACUGAGCCUGCUCAAGAAGCAAGCAGCCACCCUGGCGCCCACCUGGCCCCAUGGCCUCGUGGCCGCCUACAAGCCCUACAUGGUGUCGAGCAACGGGACGGCUCUGCUGCUGUGGGACCGGAGGACGCUAGCCCUCAUGCUCUCCAUGCCAGCGGUGGACGUGCGCGGAGUGGUGACCUUCGUGGGCACGGAGCUGCAGGCUAGUAACCCUGCGCAGCCCUCCAGCCCCGUGCCCCGGCUGUCCUGUCCCCGCACGCAUGUGCUCUGCCGCGAUGGCACCGAGUGCGUGGCCCAGGAGUACGUGUGUGACGGGGAGAAGGACUGCGUGGAUGGCUCCGAUGAGGAUGGCUGUGCCCAGCUCUGUGACACCCCAGGAUCCUUCCGCUGUUCCAACGGGGCCAUGUGUGUGAGGCCCGAGGAGCGCUGCGAUGGGCUGCCGCAGUGCCCCGAUGCCUCAGACGAGGCGGGCUGCUGGCACCCCACAUCUGAGUGCGCCCGGCGCUGUGACGGCAACUUCCGCUGCGUCCCCGAGAGCUGGCUCUGUGACGGCCACGCCGACUGCCUGGACGGCGCCGACGAGCAGGGCUGCGGGGAGCUGCCGUGUCCUCGCAGCGGCGAGUGCGUGCCGGAGGCCUGGCGCUGCGACGGGGACCCUGACUGCAGGGACGGCACCGAUGAGGAGGGCUGCCCUGGCGAGGAAGGACCGUGCAGGGAGCAGCAGUGGGGCUGCUGCAGUGGCCACUGGUGCAUCCCCAAUGCCUGGCGCUGCGAUGGAGAGGGCGACUGUGCGGACGGCAGCGACGAGGAUGGCUGCCAGCCUGCUCCCUGCCAGAGCCACGAGUAUCCGUGUGGGCUGGGGACCUGCUUGAACUUAUCCUUGGUGUGCAACGGUCAUCGGGACUGCGCGGAUGGCUCGGACGAGGGGGGAAGCUGCUCGGUGCCCUGCCAGCUGCUCUGCUCCCAGCUCUGCUACCACUCUCCCCAGGGCCCGAGGUGCCAGUGCAGCCCGGGCUAUCGGCUGGCGGGGGAUGGCGUGUCCUGCAUGGACGUGGAUGAAUGCAAGGAACAGAAGGAGGGGCCCUGCAGCCAGACCUGCCUCAACGCCCCAGGCAGCUACAGCUGUGCCUGCCUCCCCGGCUACCUGCUGGAGCCUGAUGGCCGUGGCUGCAAACUCACCGGACCGGAGCCCACAUUGCUGGUGGCCGUGCAGUCCGAGGUGCUGUCCUACGGGCUGCGGAGCGGGCACGAGGAGGAAGAUUUUCUGGCUGGACCUGGGCACGGAGAGCAUCCGCUGGCAGGGCCUCGACUCGGGCAAGAAGGGCACGCUGGUGAAAGGCUGCUGUACUGGUCGGAGGUGGGGAGGCACCCACGGCUCAUGGAGGCCACCAUGGACGGGAGCCGUCAGCAUACACUGCUGGACCGAGGGCUGGGCUGGCCCACCGCUCUGGCCCUCGACCUGCCCACCUGGAGGAUCUUCUGGCUGGAUGAGAAGCUGGGCAGCCUUGGCUCGGCACACCUGGAUGGCACCGGCGUGAAGGCGCUGGCGCUGAGCUGGGUGCGGAGCCCCUUUGCGGCGGCUGUGUGCGAGGGAGAGCUGUACUGGUCGGAGAGGAGCGCGUGGGCGGUGCAGCGCGUCGACAAGGCCACGGGCAAGAACAGGACUGUGGUGCUCAAGCGACACGGGCAGCCCCAUGGCCUCCAGGUGAUGCACCCAGUGCUGCGACCGAACUCCUCCAGCCCGUGCGUGGCGCGCGGCUGAUCCCACCUGUGCCUGCUGAGCGGCC